UAUUAUUAAUAAUUCCAAUCUCAACAAAUCUGAUCUUGACAAAAGUUUGGAAAAGCUAAGAAAGAUUAACCAAAGUGAAAGUUUUAGUGAAGGAUAUAAUAUCAAAGACUCUAAAUUAUAUUUGGACAAAACUGCUAAUUUAUUAAAUAAGUCAAGGAUAUAUAAAAGGCUUAAUAAAAUAUGCAGCUCUAUUAGUAAAUUUGAAACCUAUACUGGAAGCAUUGAAAAAAGCCCAGACCUAGAAGAAAAGGAUCUUAAAGAAUUAAAUAAGAAAUUAAAAACCAAAAUGCAAACAAAUAUAGUAAGUUUGAAGCUUACUCAUAAUAGAGCCAAGAAUAAAAAACUUAAUAAUCGAAAUGGCCAAAAAAAACAAACUAAUAAUCAUCAAAGAGUUUUAACAGACAAGAUAGAAAAUCUUGGAACUUCCAAUAAAACAACUAAAGAUAUUGAACUUCAAGGCUUUGAAAAUUUUGAAGAUAAUAGAAAUAUUUGA